CGGAAAUUGCCGAGCGGAUCGAUCACGACCGUAUUGUACGCUGUCACUAUUAUUGGCAACGAGAAAAAGGGAUUUGCCAAACAGGACUCUGUACGUACGAAAAACCUUCGGAAUUCCCUUCGAGAUGACUUAAAGUUUGAUUGGAAAAUCCUUUUUGUGACGAGGGAAAUUUCUUCAUGUAUAUAGUUUCUCACGGAGGGAGUAAUAUAACGCUGAAAGAAGGAAAGAAAGCUUCUUGAACUAGUCCUAUCUUUUACUCUUUGACUGGCGAGAUUUUUUAUCGAGUUUUAACCCUGUGAAAUGUGGUCGCUGUCGACCAUGUAACGGUUGGAUUUUUCGUUAUUUUUGAUCAUAACAUAGACAAUCUUAAUUAGCGAGUUUGGAGUAUGAGUGCAAGACCAAGAACAACGUCGUUUGCAGACGCCAAAGGCAACAAUCCUGCGUUUGGGGGCUUUAAAAUUUCACACAAAGAUGGCAAUCGGGUCACGACAGUCAUGGCGACGUCGGGCGCUGUCUCAAACGCCAGACAAGAGGCCUGCAAUGUGGAGAUCUCGUACUCCGAAACCAAAAUCAUCGGCAAUGGGUCGUUUGGUGUGGUACAUCAAGCCAAGCUCACUGAUACAGGAGAGAUGGUUGCAAUAAAGAAGGUCUUACAAGAUAAAAGAUUUAAGAAUCGAGAGUUGCAGAUCAUGAGAAAGCUUGAGCACUGCAAUAUCGUCAGGCUGAAAUAUUUCUUCUACUCCAGUGGUGAAAAGUCCAGCGGCUCGGGAAAGCAGAAAGAUGAGGUGUAUCUGAAUCUAGUGUUGGAGUACGUUCCAGAGACAGUGUAUAGGGUAGCGAGACAUUACAGCAAAAACAAGCAGACGAUACCAAUAUUAUACGUCAAGUUGUACAUGUACCAGUUAUUCCGCAGUCUAGCCUACAUUCAUUCUCUAGGAGUCUGCCAUCGAGAUAUUAAGCCACAGAACUUGCUCUUGGAUCCAGAAUCAGGGGUACUUAAACUGAUAGACUUUGGAAGUGCAAAACAACUAGUACCAGGUGAGCCUAAUGUAUCUUACAUCUGCUCAAGGUACUACAGAGCACCAGAACUCAUCUUUGGUGCCACAGACUACACAUGCAAUAUAGAUGUAUGGUCAGCCGGCUGUGUCCUAGCUGAAUUACUCCUGGGUCAGCCAAUAUUUCCUGGGGAUAGCGGAGUGGAUCAACUAGUAGAAAUCAUCAAGGUUCUAGGCACUCCGUCACGGGACCAAAUCCAUGAAAUGAAUCCCAACUAUACAGAGUUCAAAUUCCCACAGAUAAAACCUCACCCAUGGAACAAGGUAUUCCGGCCCAGGACUCCGUCUGAUGCCAUUGAUCUCUGUAGUAAACUCCUGGAGUACACACCGUCUUCUAGGAUAUCGCCUCUUGAUGCUUGCUCCCACAAAUUCUUUGAUGAGCUUCGAGACCCGGGUACUAGGUUACCCAAUACGCGGCCUCUUCCACCGUUAUUCAACUUCACCGCACAGGAACUAGCAAUCAAACCGUCACUCAAUGACAUUCUUAUCCCGCCACAUGCGCGGAGAGAUCCAGUCAGCUCAUCUCAGGGAACCAGUGAAAGUACAGCCACUACUAGUUCGGCAGGGUUACCGAUCAGUGGGGCCAUAGGAGGUGGGAACUAAACCAACUCCGCCCCCUAAGUAGUGACCUCUCCAAGCGCCCUAAGGUACACUUGUAGCACAAAGCAGGGGUUUUAGAUAUUCUGGGUUCAUUUGUGUACUGUCUGAUGUUGAAGGAAUGUACAUGGUAAACUAGUUACUGCAGGAAUUUACCAGUUUAUCUUGUGAUAAACCAUGGUUUAAAAAACAACUAGCCGAAUUGAAUGUCAUCAGGUUGUAUUUGCCCUGCUGUUUAAACUUCAGUGUUGACUGUUUACAGGUUAAUCUGGUGUUCGCUGGUUAAAUUUGUAUUGAUCCAGAUUAAAAUGACUGCAGUUUAGCCAGGUAGCAAUGGUUAAAGCAUGGGUUACAGUUGAGUAUUCUGGUUUAAUACCUGCAGUAUGUCCAAGUAUGUGCUAAUAUUUAAUCCAUCAAUCACUUCAACAUCAGAUAGUGUACAGAGGAUGGAACUCCCUGUAACUUAAGUAUUUCAAUAUGUGUACAGAUCAGAUAAUUAAGGAAUCCUUGUAAAAUAUUCCCUGUUGUUAUAUACAAAGUCUCAUAUUAAUGAUGGGGCUAAAAAUAGGUGUCAAUAAUCAUCCAAGAAUCAUAUCUUAAUUUAUUGCUCAGAAUGUGGCUUUUUUUUUUUUUAGAAUAUCCUGCUUCCAGUCUCAGAUUGUGGGUCAUGUGGCAUGCAGAGAAAUGCUGCCACAAUGAGUUUAAAAGCCAGCAUUAUAAAAAAAAACAAAUGAAGGAAAACAUGAUCCAACUUUCAUCAGUUGUUGCUGAAUAAAAUUGACUCUUUUGGCUUUCUGGGAUACACAGCGUGUUUUUGGAUAUUAGUUGCACUUGUUUUUAGCCCAUGUACAGGAUUGGGACGUCAUAUGUCCCUUUAAAUUAAGACCAUCGUUAGGGGAAGAAUGAGGAAUAGAGAUGUCUGGUGUAACUUCUGACAGGUGCCAACAUUGCAAAAUAACCUGCUAACAUCUCAGUUGAUUGUAAAUUGAUUACCCAAAGAAAACGUGUACAGUGGCUUGAAUUGUCCCUCUCAUUUUGUACCAUUCCUGAGAUCUGAUAUAUUUCUGCUAUGAAAAUCUCGAGAUAAAACACUGGAUAUCCUAUUCCUCAUUCUUUCCUUGUGACCUUCUUCCAACUAGUAUUCCCAGUAAACCCGAUGUUCAUUUUGUAAAAUGGACAAUCUGUACAUAUAGUUUGGAUUAUUGUAUUAUUUACUUCGUCAUAUCUGUGUACUGAUCUCAAUAUUCUUUUUCCCAGUUUCCUUUGGUAACCAUAGUGAAGUUCAAACUGUAAAUCCCCCUUCCCCAACUUUGUACUUCAAGUUCAAAAUAGAUGAUUGAAUAUAACCAGGAGUAUACUAUUGUAAUGAUCAUUUGAAUUGGAUCAGUUUGAAGUCAGGAUCUUGAAUUCUGUGGCAUUGUUUGUCCUUUGUUCACAAUACUAUGUCACACCAUUCUAAUGAAUACUUGAGCUGAGACUUAAGCGUGGUGUGCAUUAUCUGUUCCACAUGUUCCAACUGAAUUGCUCACAGAUUAUACUGAUUCACUACAGUGUUUUGUUUGCAAAGUGCCAGUGCCUGUAUAAUAUUCAUCUCAAUAGUUUGAUUUUUAAUAGGUCCCUACUGUGAAUGUAAGAAUGUGAUGUCUGUUGUUGUUACACCUUUGGUUUGUGGGUUGGCUGUUCUGUUGAUCAUUAGUGUGAUUCCAUUGUCUAGUCAUUGUUUACUUAUAGCUGCAACCCUGCAAAAAUCUGAACAUUUUGUCCAUCAAUUUUUUAAAUAGAUUUGAAUGGAUGUUGGUCCAAAUCAAUGGUCAAUAUUGGAGACAUUGAGGUUGUACAAGAGACAAAAGGCAACACUAGCCAAUCAAACUCGUUGUUAUAUGAAGGAAGAAAACAAAUUCAACCAAUAACAGAUCUUGAUAUGUAUGAUUUUGGAGAGCAUCAGAUCUCUUGCAUCAAAAGUAUUCUCCCUUUUGGAACCUUUUUUAUUUUAUUAAAUGUCAAUUUUUAGUAGUUUUUGCACACUCAAAUUUGAAAAAAUGUGAACAAGGUCUCGUAGUCUCCAAAAACAACAUCUAAAACAGAUUUUGAAGAUUGUAAGAUGUUCAAUUUUUAUCGUGUAAGAUUUAAGGUUGAGAGACGAAAUUGUGGAAAAUUUGAACAAUUUUUAAACGUGUGUCUUGUAUUUUUAAUGACUGAGCCGUGAAUAUUGUGUCUGAAGCCCUCCUCUAGUAAGAAGUGGCAAUUUUCUGUUUUUAAUUGAUUUUUGUUCAUGUUUAAGUCCAUUUAUAUCGUUGUUGGAAAGUCAAAGACUCCACCAUACAGUGAAAACCAUUUCCGUAACAAUGGCAACCAUUUAGUUAGUAACGAGGCAGGAAGUUUAUACUGUGUGUGUACCAUUGAAUGUCGAAAUACUACUAUCAGCCCAUUUCUGUUAGUUGGUCAGACUUCGAAUCUGAGACAAAUGUUUGAAUAUAUCUUUCUAUGGGAGCCUUUACAGCAUUAAUGGCACAGUGAUUUGUAAAUUUGUACAGUCAAGGGGGCUAUUUUUUAGUUAUUCUUUUAUUCUUUAGAAAAGUGUAAAUUAUUGAGUUGAUUUCUUAAGGAAUCUUAUGAACUCGGAUGUGAUUGGCCUUGUGUUUUGGAACAAGGCAGUUUCACAUCCAAGUUGUCCUAUUUUCCUUUUGUUCAGUGAUUUGUUGAUGAUUAACUCAGUUUUGUAAAUCAUAAUUUCUUAACACACACACACACCAUACACCCCACCAUUUGUAGUUGCUACGGAUAAAUGCUUGUUGUCCUUAGCAACAAAGUUGCCAUGGUGAUUGGCGAUAUCCAUGCAAAGUAGUUGUCUGAAAGUAUCUAUAGAUAAACAUGUGAACAUGAAUAAAACAAGCCUACCGUGUAAAGAAACUCCCAA